AUGGAGCUGGACAUUCGCCAAUACCUGGAGAAAGCAAAGCAACUACAAGACACCGAGGCUCUGCAGUCUGCUUACCGGUUGCUGAGAGGCUCCGCGGCGGCUGGAAGCAGAGGACGAGCUCCGCACGUCUCCGAAGAGUUGUACGUGGUUUGCUCGGAAGCAGCCCUCCAGCUGGGUUGUUUGGAGAUCAGCACGGCGUGCCUAAAGACGUACUUUGAAGGGAAUCCGCCGGCUGAUCAGUUGUUGUGCCGGGCCUUCCUCUGCCAGGGCCAGCUGAAGUCUCCGCCGGCCACGGCCACUGUGGAAGACUUUGAAGAGGCGGUGAUGUGUUUUCUGAAAGCAAUUGAAAUUUCAAAGCAAGAACCAAGAUACCACUCUCUGGUUUUCAAUGCGUCGGUGCUGUAUUUCCAAACAGUGCGUCCUCUCCUGCAGCCGGGGCGGUGCCUCCACCUGGUGCACUCCCUCAGACAGGUGGUGCAGAGUCUGGAGGAGGUGGAGGACCAAGACUACAGCUGGAGGGCUGAACUCAUGAUACACCUGGUCAAAUGUCUUGUUGACGCUGGGGAACGUGAGGACGCUGCAAGUUUUGCCAAAGUUACUGAAGAAUUCAUCAAGUCACAUAUUCCACAAGUCUAUCCACAACUUUUUAAAAUACAGGUACAACACAAGCUGUCAGAGAGUGGCGUCCUCCUCGAAAGGAGCAGGCAGAACAGUGAAUUAACGGUCAUGUACAAACUGCAAGAACUCAAAAACAGGUUGGGAGAAAUAAACAAGAACGUGCUGACAGAGGCGGAUUCUGCUGAGCUUGAGGAGAUUUUCGAUCUGCUGCUGGUUCGUACCAGAAUGCCCAGCGCGCCUGCGACGUCGAGCAGUCCACAGUGUCCCUCACCCAUGCAGCCACCCCACAGAGUUGCCUUCCUCCUGGAGCUGGCUCUGCUGGCCUUGCAAGUCAAGCAUCAGAAAGUCACUGCCGACUGUUUGAAAGAGCUCAAGUCGGUGGGAGAGGCUAGCGCCGACCAACGCAUAAUAAUGGAAUGUGUCAACUGUGAACUCAACCUCCUGAAGAAGGACGCGAAGAUGAGCGACUACUCCAAAGCCAGCGUGGAGGCCCGUCUGAAGGAGGUGGGCAGGUUGGAUCAGUGGCUGCAGACUGCGCUGAGGGAGGGGCCCCCCCAGGCGGUGCAGGCAGUGUGUGCCACGCAGUGGGCCCUCUGCCUGCCCCUGCUGCAGCACAACCUGAGGAAACGUGUCAAGCAGCCUCUGCUGCGGCUGGCCGGCGCUCUCGAAAACAUGCAAAGCAUGUUCCUGGAGAUGCGCUGUCACGUCCACUCGGAGCUUGCAGUGAUUGAGGAGGAGGAGGGGCGCCUCGAGGCCUCUUCGACUCACCUCCGGAAAGCCCUGCUGCUGGAUAACGGCGCCCUGCGAGAGCGCCUGUCGUCAGCUCUGCGCGUCUCGGAGCUCAGACAGACCGUGUACCAAACACCCUCCCGCGUCGAAGAUCAAGCCUUAAUGCUGAUGCAGCAGAUCAAAGAGAUGCAGCCUGAAGACAGAGCAAACAGUCGUCCCAUGCUGGUCGCUGCAGGGCUCCUUUUGGCUCCCGACGACUUUCAGAUGGUUCUGGAUGCAGACGACACAUCGCAAAUUCCCGAAGGCAGUGCUGGAUGUGGACCAGUGGCUGGGCUUGCUGCACAGGCUCAGCGUCACUCCACAUGUGUGCAGAAGGCAGACGGACACCUGGCCAGGCCAGGCACUGACGCAGACGACACAGAGAGGGUCAACCUGUGGGCAACGCUCUCAAAGACAGCCAGGAAGCUGGAGGUGUGGGACGUGUGUCGGGCCGCUUGCCGCUUCUGUUUGCUUUACGAUGAUGGAAGAUGGAAAAUUUCCAAGAGUGACAAGUGCAGCUGUUCGGAGGGGGAAAGCUGCACUGAAUGUCUUCCCAGCUGCAGUGGAACCCGGAACUGUGUGAACAUGCUACGUCUCCUCGCUGAAAUUCACUUCAUCAGUGCAGAGGCCACCAUCCAGAAGCUGCUGGCGGAGGGCGUGCGGCUCAACAGUCCUGCUGUUCUCCCAGCAGAGCCACACGUGCCAGAGGAAGACUCACCCUGGAUCAUUUACAGAGAGUGGAUUCAGGCUCUGUCUGCCCAGGCCACCUCCAGUUUCUUGCGAGCGGGGGAGCUUGGUGCACAGAUCCGAGAGCCGUGGGUCGUGGCCAACGCAGCCAUUUACCUGUGGAACCAUAAUAGCCACGUGCUGGCAGCCGGGGACCACCAGCACCUAAUCCUCGCCUUCCAGAGAGUGCUGGAGAUGCUCCAAAACACCGAGCACGCCGGGAACCGUGCUCUGUUUGUGUUGCUGUGCGACGCCGUGGCCCGGGGGCUGAUCCAGCCUCUGUCUGGACCAGACAGCGCCGAGGCAGCUCCAGCAGCUCCAGCAGCAGACAAGGGCAAAAGCAGAGGUGAGAAGGGGAUGGAGAAGGCUGCCAGCGUCCACGGGGCUUUCCUGGACCCCACUGCCCUGCAGGAUGUCCGCAAAGCAUUGGAGCUGUGUGAGCACGCCCUUCGUCUGUCCACAUGCCACGGUCCUGGGGAGGCCGUCCCCCUGGCUGCAAGAAAGCAGGUGCUGGCCACAUGGGUGCAGAUCAAGAGACUCCUGCAGCAGCAGAUUGGUUCAAAGCUGGACGUGCUGAAAGAUGAGAGCGAGAGCGAGGACGAGUCGGCGGCGAUGCGCGUGCUGGUCGGAGUGGAGAUGUUCCAGUGCAACAGGGACCCCAGGCAGAUGGAGUCCUCCACUCCCAGCCUCUCCACGCUGGUGAGCAUGGCGUCGGCGUGCAGCUGGUGCGACGCGGCGGUGGAGCUGCAGGUGUGGUGCCAGCUGGCCGCCUCCUGCCACCGUGUCAAGGAGCACAGCCUGGUGCUGAGCUGCACCCAGACCGCUCUGCAGCUGGAGGAAGCGGCGCUGAGGAGCCUCGGCAGCGCGGCCUGCGCUUUGUACAGUGUGACGGCGGUGAAUGAGCUGCUGAGCACUGCAGCCUGUCUGAGAGGGCAGAGUUUGGUGCACGAGUCCCGUGGAGAUCUGCACGCUUAUAGAGAGGCCAUGAAGGUGCUGCUCUCCAGUGUCAGCUUUGCGGAGAAGGCUGACAAUCCGGCAUUGUGUGCCACAACUGCCAGGCAUUACUGGAAUGCCUGUCUGCCCCUGACACACAGCCCCGAGGAAAGACGGCAGCUGGAAGAGCCCCUGGAGACCAUCCUUAAUGCCCUCAGUCAGACCACCAAGCAUACAAAUAAACACAGCAAAGUCAAGAGUGAGCUGACCUCCACACAGCAGUCUCUCCACGCUUCAAAACAGGAAACUACACGUGAAGAGGAUUCAUCUCUGAGAGCUGCCAUUUAUGGUCUGCUGCUGAACAUCCACACUGACAGAGGAGACUCUGCAAGUGCUCUGCUGCUGCUGGACAAAGCGAUCAGAGACAUGCCUCGCACCAGGCACCGGCUGUCUCUGCUUAAAUAUCGAAUUCUGGUGAAGGCGCAGCGGGGAGAAAGCAUCCAUUCGGACAUGCAGAAGCUGGAGGAUGAAGGAGAGCUGUGCUGUUCUUCCAUGUGGCAGCAGGUGGCGCUGUGUGCCAGCACCAUAACCCAACAGCUGGCCUGCUACCAGAAAGCCAUCACCUCUCUCAUGAGUCCAGAGUCUCGGUGGCUGAAGGUCUACGUCCUGCUGGAGUUCGGUCAGUGGCUGUACAGUCACAACUUCCCCACAGCGGACGCCCAGCAACACGUCCAGUGGGCCGUAGACAUCCUGCUGCUCCUGGAGGCUGAGGAGGCAGAGGGAGCAGAGGAUGAUUCCACAAAGCGGAGGCUGAGCUCGGUGGAGUGUGAGCCGCCGGUCGGAGUCCAGAGCUCCGUAUUCAGUCAGAACGUGUCCAGCCUGAAGGAGGUGCGUCGCCUCGACUCUUUGAUCCAAGCGCACACUCUCCUCGCCGUCAUGGUAGGCAGGACGUCACCCGAGCACCAGCUCAACCUCCUGCGAGCUCACACCUUCGUGCUCAGAAUAUGGCAGGUUUCAAUCUCAGUAGCUUGUGAGAUUUCCAGUGAGAUGGCAAAGAGUCAGACAUUCCACCCUCCUCCCUCUGCAGGAUCCAAAAAGGGCAAAGACAAGGGCAAAGUCAAAAAACCCACCCCUGCAGAUGAAAGGCCAAAGCACGUGGUCUUGGAUCUGACAGUCCCGUCCACGCCCGGGGAAUGGGCUCGCUACGUCUGUCCCGACCAGGUCAGGGAGAUUUUCCGAGGCAGCGACAGCCCUCACUGUAUCAAUGCUCACAGCAUACCUAAGCAGACACAAAGCUUGUUUUAUCUCAACCUCCUGGAAAAAGAACUGCAUUCACUUUCCCUGGACUAUCUCAGCCUUCCCAUAAUGCACCUGGCUGAAACCAUUGCUCAUGACCUUUUGGAUCGGAGGAGCCUGUCUGACCUCUACAGACUCAGGAUUGUGAGGACUUGUGUUCAGCUGGGUCUGGAGACGCUCUCACCAUAUCAGGAGAAGCUCGUGAAUCUGAGCUCGAUCCAGGAGCAAGAACAAAUUGAGUGCCACAGAGCCCUGGCCGUGUCUCAGCAGAGGAGAAACCUUCACGGCGGUUCCAACCAGAAAACGGACAAAAAGGCAGCGUCUCCCCCUGGUGGUCCUCGCCUGCAUGCUCAGGAGAUCUGGCUGGACAAAGCUGAGGUUUGCCUCAACCUGGGCCUUUAUCAGCCGGCCAGGCAGCUGCUGGCAGACAGCCUCAUGGCUGCUCAGGAACUCGGAGAUGAGACUUCACUUUCCAGGAGUUUGGUCCUCCUGGCCCGUCUGGCAUGCCAGGAGCAGAACUUUGCUCAGGCUCUGAUCCUUCUGGAUAAAGCUCAGACCCUGGGGGGGGACGAGGACUUCUGGUACCAGCUCACCCUCACCAAGGUCACAGCAGUGGUGGGACAGCACGACCACACCAAAGUUGAUGAGAUCAUAAAACAAGGCUGUGCAGCUUUGAAGCUCAUCCUGGAGCAGCGAGAAAACCGGGUGCCAGAGCUUUCAUGUUUGAUCACUGCAUUGGAGAAGAGAGGUGCUGUUGAGUGUAUACAGGCCGCGAACGCCAUUGAGCCUGGAGAGACGCUGAGCACAGAGGCCAUGUGGAGACUGAUGGCGGCCUGUGCUACACUCACACAGUGUGCCAGCGCUUUCACUGAACUCAGCGAUGGAGAGCAGGCUGCAGAAGCACACGGACAGUGCUCACACGCUCUGAGGAUCCUGGCCAGCCACAGUACUGACAGAGAGGAGAAGCAGCGCUUCUUCAUGGACGGCCUCCUCCAGCUGCAGCUGGCCGUCACCGCGCAGGAAGGUGUGGCGCUGAACGCUCAGAGCCUGCUUCCCCCGCAGGAGGAGAGCCAUGGUCUCUCCCUGGCAGCCGUGCGGCGGCUGCGGCGCCUCCGCCUGGCCCUGGCAGACUUCAGCUUGUUCAUGCUGGAGGAGCUCUGCAGUCAGGGGGUCCGGCGGGCCGUUACCCUGCAGAAGAUGACGCCUGCUGAAAGAGCUCUGGAGGAGUUCACACGCUGCUCACCUGAGCCCAACUCCACAGAGCAGGAAUGGCUGAGCGUGGGCAGAACCUUGGGGCAGGUGACUCUGGGCCAGCUGGCUGCAGUCGGCUCUGGGCCGCCGGACGACUUGGAGACGAGAGCUCACUGCCUGAGCCUGAAGGGAAAGUACCUGAGACUCUCCGCUGUGCAGCAGGAUCCUCUUUCAGCAUGUGCGCUGUGGGACACCCAGAAGCAGAAAGACGCCCGCCCUGAUCCUAAAGCUGUCUCGAAGGAGCAGGAGAAUUCGGAGGAAGUGUGUGGGAUGACCUCUGCCACAAGCAGUGAGACUCAGAGAGGAAAAGAAGCCCAGCAGCUAAUGACACAGGCCAGUAAAGCCCUGGCUGAGGCGGUCCAUCUGUGCCUCCAACACAGCCUGCCUCCCUCCAUCCUGGCUGAUGCCUCCCUCAACAUGCUGGAGUGUCAGGGUCGGCGCCAUCCUGCUGCGGCCGGUCAAUAUCUGGCCCUCUUUCAGAGCUGCUGCACUGUUGCGGCGAUGGCUGGGGUCCUGCACUCCGCCUGCACCGACACUGGAGCGUCGCAGCUGGCGGCUCUGCUCAGCAUUCGCAGGAAUCUGCUCCUCUCUCAGGAGGAGAAGCCCAGCAGCAUGCUGAAGGCCGUGGAGAACUCCCUCACCGGCCUCUCCAAGACUUUCUGCCACCUGCUCAUCCAUCCCAGUCACCUCAGCAUCCUUGCAAAACUUCCUCCCAACCUGAAAGUCUUGCUCCUUCAGCACUCAGAUGAUGGGUCACAACUUUACGGCGCCUUUUAUGAGACGAUCAAAGCUUCGGAAAACACAAAAGGAAGAAAUUCACAUAUUUCAGGUACCCUGACCUGCUCCUGGGUGGCCAAGGCUUCAGUCUGCCGGCGAGGCCUGCUAGCACUGCGGGAGCAGACCCGAGCCUUUGGCCUCCGGACGCACAGUGAGGGCAGCCCGGACGCCUCCGCGGAGCCUCAGACAAGUGCAGAAAAGUUGGCGCCCGGCUUCAGAGAGAUUGUGGAAAGCUUGGAGGACUAUCUGAAUCCCCUUCUCACACAGUUUGACUUCUCUUGCUUAAGGCCUGCAGAGACUUCACUAUCAGUUCCUGAAAUGACCAAAGCCAAAGAUAAAGAAGAAAAAGGAAGCUCAGCGAAGCUCCCAGUGGAAGCGGAGGAAUAUCUGCUGAUUCUGGCUGACAGGAUGCUGCUGGAGCUGCCGCUGGAAUCCCUGUCCAUCUUUCAGGAGGGCAACCUGAGCUCUGUGUCCCGAGACUUCUCUCUGCAGCUGUUCUACAGUCGCAUGAACAGAGACGAGCCUCAGAAAGUUGAAAGUGACAACAAAAAGGAGACCAAAGGUGGCAAGGGAACUAAGGCGAAGGGGGAUCAAACACAAGCCAUCAAAGCGAUACCUGCAAACCAUUCACCACCUUCUAACACCAUCCCAGUGGACACACGGAACUUCAAAUACAUUGUCGACCCUCACAGUAAAGGUCGAUUUGGAGAGAGCAGUCUCAGUGUUGUGAUGAAGGAGAUUUUAGAAACCCACAGCCAGCACUCCACUCAUCAGUGGGAGGGCUUUAUCGUCGCCAAACAAAAACCCAGUCUGUCUGAGGUGGAGCAGCUGCUGUGCAGUUGUAGUGCUUUUAUUUACGCCGGCCUGGAAACCCUCCUGACCAAUGUCCCACCUGCUAAACUGGCAGCCUUCAAUCUGUCUGGGUGCUGCAUGGCUCUGCUCUUUGACCGGAUUCAGAACAAAGCUCGCUUUCUCCACCACUCAACCGCUGACUUGCAAAAGAGCUCAGCGCAGGCGGCCCUGGACAGACCGGUGGAGACUGCCCUGCUGUUGAGCUUGGCCGGCGUUGGCUGUGUCGUCCUCAACCAGUGGCACGGCAGCCUUCAGCAGAACACACAAACCACGGCUGCUGUUUUAGACAAUGUACUGAGUGGCAGACAGACCUCCGGCCAGGCCGUCCACACCCUCAGGAAAAGGGACACUUCAGACAAAGCCCGUCACACCAUCGCAGGAUCAAACGAUCAACUGUUCUGCAUUGGCUCAGAGGAGGACGGAGUUGAACAGACAACCAUUCCUUCACCUGCAACUCUGAACUGCGUCCUCUAUGGCCUGCCCAACUUCAUGUUCAUAUAG